CGCCUCAUGCCUUUUGCUAACCAAUUCCACUCCUCGUGCAAUUUCCACUCUUUCGAUACAGAUAUUCCAGAGACAAAGAAAUCAUGUUGCGGCAAGACUUUAACCGAAUUGACCCCAAGAGGCGAAAUGUCGUCGACCAUCGCAAGAAACAGUUCGCUGCGCCUACAUACAAAGAUCUCGACUACCCUCAUCGUCUCAACUUUUACACAGAUCCUCCCACUGCGGAUAUCACCCUCGAGCAGUUUGAGCAAUGGGCCAUCGACCGACUUCGAGGUAGGCCGCAGAAGACUGUAAUGAUGGGUAUAUCUAAUACUCGGUAGUUCUCGCCGAACUUGAAGCAUGCUCAUUCCGCAACAAGACACCUGCCGAGACUGCAACACACAUGAAGCCCAUCCUCAAGAAGCACCUUCACCUCGAGGCCAACAGCUCAAGCUCCAAGAAGAUCUUCGAGCAACGCCAAAAAGACCACUACAGCCAUUUCAUCCUCCGACUUGCGUUCUCGUCUACUGAGGAUCUGCGCCGUCGAUUCACACGUGUCGAGACAAUGCUUUUCCGCCUGCGACUCAAUGAUGACGACCUCGCCGAGCGAUCUGCCUUUGUCAAAACUCUUGGUCUAGACUGGUGCGAAGACGUAACAGAUGAGGAUAGGAGGGAGUAUGCUGCGGAGCUGGCUGCUUUUGCUAGUAACCGAAAGGGCGAGAAUGACGACGAUGCAUGGUUCAAGGUAGACUGGGAACGAGUCCCCGAGCUAAUUGAGAGCCGAAGAGUGUUCUUGAAGGCUGGAAAGGCGUUUGUGCCAGGCCGAGAACAGGCUGGCAUGGUGGUUUCGGAGUUCAGCUCGCGACUGGAGCGACAACUUGAGUUGACUGCCCGUGCUCUUCCUCGACUUGACGAGGACGACCGACUCACACCCAUCCUCAACCAUCUUUCCAAGAAUUUCAUCACCCCCGAUGCAUCCUACAUGUCCAGCACAGCCGCUGUGCCCGGUGCCGAGAUCAGCGCUGCCAACAUCGACAACUUAUCCCAACACUUCCCAGCCUGCAUGUCCCACUUGCACCGCUCACUACGUCGAGACGCUCAUCUCAAGCACUAUGGUCGACUACAGUACUCGCUCUUCCUCAAGGGUAUUGGCCUCAACCUGGAGGAGUGUCUUGUAUUCUGGAGAAAGAGCUUCCACAAGAUCACAGAUGACAAGUUCAACAAGGAAUACCGUUACAAUAUCCGUCACGUUUAUGGUGAUGUUGGUGGUGACUCGAAUCGAAGGGGAGGUGGUUACAGUCCAUUUAGUUGUCAGAAGAUCCUGACCGAACAUCCUCCUGGUCCCGGCGAAGCCCACGGAUGCCCAUAUCGACACUUCAACAUGGAGAACCUCUCAGCACUUGUCCAAGCUAUGGGUGUUAAUGAUCGCUCUGUUCUUCAGGGCGUUAAAGAGGAUAAGGAUAAGCAAAAGUUCCACAUGGCGUGCAAUCGUGUAUUUGAGCAUCUGCACAAGCAAGAGAUCAAGAAGGCCAAGGAUGAGGGUGUAAUGACACAACAACAGCUCGAGACCAUUGUCCAUCCCAACGAGUACUUCAAGCGCAGCUUCCUGCUGAAGAAUCUCGGAAGGGAGACGGAUGUGAAAAUGGAGGGUUGAUUGCUUUACGGUCGUUGGUUUACGGAAACAUGAUGUUCGGAUAUGAGACGUUUGCAUGUCUAACUUUGUAAUUAUGGGCUGUAGGAACUAGGAGUAAGGCGUUGGAGUAGCCUUGUUGUGAACAUGCAUGAAAACACCUUGGUAUGUAAUCGAGAAGACAAUAUUGGUAAUCAGAAAUCGAAUAUUCCUAGAAGCAGCAUAGAAGCUCCCCCAUUGACCGCCAGGUGCACAAGACAGCCCUAUAAUGAUCAAAAUAAGUCGAGUUACACAUACACCACAGCAUCACCGUUUCGCUCAUUGUAAGGGUUUUCUGAUCUUCAUGUACAUCAUCCUCACACACCUCAGUCUAUUCCCGCUUGGUAACCGUUUCGCCAAAAUAGCCCAUGUCAAAUACCGCAAAAGCAAACCGUUUGACAGUUUUUCCCCUCACAAGCGACGUCACGCACCCAUGUCAGUGUUGUUUUUAAUAGACCGCCCUGUUUUUGGGUCUGCUCGAUAACGUAACGUCAUGCCGUGGUGGCCUACACGAUGAGGUCAGAGGGCGGGAUGACGAAAGGGGGUGGGUCUUUCUCGAGUGAGGGCAUUCGCAGGGUCUUUGCAGGAAGAUGCAUGUUUUGAUGGUGUGUACGUGUUUGUGCAAGGGAAUUGCACGGAAGGGAGAAAGAACCCCUUUGAUCCAUGUUCUUGUUGUUCUGUUUCUAAAUACGUGCUUGUUUUUACUACUUUUGAGUUUACGAUCUCGGGGAUCUUGAGCCUCAAAUGGAGAAUAUCUGAUCUUUUGUGAUGAUCUCCCGUGCGUUUAGUUCUCCACCAGAAAAACCAACAUGAGGUCCAUUUCUUUUUUUCUUUUUUGUUCUCCCCUUCCAACAUUCUGGGUCAUGAUUUAAGCAUUUUUCUUGUGAUUUUUCUUUUUUUUUUUUUUCGGUGUGGCUCCUGUCACCGCUCUGACCUUGUUAAUAAAGGGAGCACAGAAAACCCUUGACGCAUGAGAAAACGUCAUCCCUUGCAGCACUCGAGGUGAAGCUAACUAACGUUGGAGUUGGCGCGCGGGGACCUAUGACAUAUGGCUGCAUAGCUCAUGGGCGCAACCGUUUUCUGGUUAGACGGAUGAAUGUGUACAUGUACGGAAAUGUCGGGGGUGGGUGUGUAAGAUGGUUAAAAAAAGAAAGGGAAAAAAGGCUCAUUUGCUGCAUGAGAAGACUGAGAAUUGAGGACGGCGAUAACAUCACGACGUUGUUGUGCAUGGAGGUUCGAUAAUUUGACGGUUAAUCGGCAUUAAGACGGAACUGCUCAGAGUCUACGGAAUCACGAAAAGUGUUAUAUCCUUCGGAGUGAUCGGCCUCGGGAUGUUUG